GAUUCAUUAAAUAUUGGCACGGAUGUACCGACCAGCUGGCUUCUCAGAUUCAGAGGAAGAUUCCGAUUACUCUGAUUAUGACAUCGGUGAACCAAAGGUCCGUUACCGGUAUAACCCGCCGCCCGCAUCAAACUCAGUAGAAAACAAUGACGAUCUACUAGUAAAGGCUGUAAACGAGGAAAAUAUCUCUGAAGUUCGACGUAUAUUGGAUGUUAACCGGUAUCUGUUGACCGCUCCUCUAAAACACGGUUGGCCAAUUUUGCUGUUUGCCUGCAACGAAGCUAGAUAUGAAAUCGUCAAGUUCCUUUUGGAGGAAAAGCGCGUUGAUGUGAACCAACAAUGCGGUCUUAAAACGGCAUUGAUGAUGGCUUGUGAAUCAUCCUGCAGUUCAGACCGAGUGCUGAAAGUUGUGGAAUUGUUAUUGGAAUUUGGUGCGGUCAUAAAUUGUAAAGAUAAUUAUGGAACGACUCCGUUAAUGUCUGCCAUAAUCAACGGACAUAUAGAUGUUGUCAAACUAAUACUUGAUCAGGCAUCGUUGGAGGCCACCGAUAACGAGGGCUUGACGCCUAUAUUCCAUGCAGUUAAUAACAACCAGCCAGAGAUUGUGCAAAUGCUGUUGAAAUCUGGCGUUCUCACUGAUAAUGUUAACCGAAGAGGAUUUACACCUAAGCAAGAAGCUGAGUUCAGAGGUUAUGCCGAAGUCGCAGCAUUGCUGCCCAAUGAAGAGGAAUACUUUGUUAUUCCAAAAGCGUACUUGAAUUACGCGCAAUAUCAGGACAUCAGUCAAGAUGAGCGGGAAAGCGAUAUGCCGGGAUACUACCAGGAAAUAGGAUUACUCUUGUACGGAAUGUACAGCGAGCAACAUCUGGGCGUGUUUGCCAAAGAGGGUGUUAAUAUGUUGCGGUUUCUCACCCUCACGGACGCGGAUUUAAAAGAUUUGGGUUUUAUACUGCCCUUCGAGCGUAAGAAGAUUUUGCACGGACUGCUUAAAUUUCAUAGUAAAUCCUGGAACAAAAACUGUUUGAGGAAAUUCGAAAAGAACUGUUUACUUGACUCCUUUGAUUUGCUGGAACUUCUCAGCAAUCACUUAAAGCAGCUAACUGUGAUACAGUCGUCGCUGUUGUAUGUAGGCCAGAUGAUGCCCCCAACGCAAAUACGAGAUGAAUUCAGUCAACAGCUAGACACUUGCCGGAACAAAAUGAAUCAGCUGAACCGUACGGUUUCUUCGUUUGAGCAGGAGAUGAUGCGUAUUAAUAACGUGACAGUGACCUCCCCAGUAUUGCAUAUCGAUGCUUCUUGUAGUUCCAAACAGAGACAAUUUUCAUUUUGGAAUCAUCGCUUUUUGUAUGUGGUGGGAGCAAUGGUUGGUGCCAAAAUUGUUCAUUUUGCUUUUCGCAGGGUCUUUAAGUGACAUAAUUUCCGGCUAGUAUUUUACAUAAUACUGUAGCAUA